GCUUGUUAAACAUGGCGGUGCACUGUGGGAGAGCGAAGCACGUGGUGUUCAACAUAAAGGCCGGCUGUCACCUUCCAUAUUCUGACCCAAGCUAUUUUAGGGGUUCAAGUGUGAGGAAACUAAUUCCAGCAUACUUUCACACUUCCAAGAGUCAGCGACAAGAAGCAAGAGAAGUAGCGUCACAAAAAACAGAUGGAGAAUUUAGAGUAUUGGACAUUCUCAAGAAGAAGAGCAAAUAUCCUGAGAGAAAGGCUGUCCCACGUGCUGAAGUUAUGCCACCAAGGUAUACAAGGAUGUCAAUAGAUCAAGAUUGGGGGAGUGUUUGGCCUGUGGCUAGAACUUUUCAUCCAGCCUCAGUUCCCUUGCCAGUGAGGAUGGGCUAUCCAUUGAAGAAGCAAGCACCUUUGGGCAAAUUUGUCAAUACAGAAUUGAUGAAAAUCCCCAAUUUCCUUCAUCUCACUCCACCUGUUGUCAAACGACAGUGUGAAGCUAUCAAACGUUUUUGCACAGCAUGGCCCAAAGGCUUAGAGACUGAAGAGGACAUUGAGAAGCAUUUCCCACUGGAAGUUAUAACAAGUGACUAUGUGCAUUCUAGUCCAACCAUCAGGGAUGAAAGGGCCAGAGUUGUCACCUUUAAGGUGAAGCUGGAGUCCCUGAAACUGGAUAAGCAUGCAAAGGACAAGCUCCUGCGCCUCGUUGGGGAACGGUACGAUGCAUCGACCGACACGCUGACACUGGUUGCUGAACGUUGCCCACUUCGACAGCAAAACUAUGACUAUGCCACUUACCUCCUCACUGUCAUCUUCCAUGAAUCUCAGAAAUUGGAAGAGUGGGAGAAGGAGAAAGGAGAGUCUGAUAUGGAAGAAUGGAGAUGGGAAGGAAGCAAAGCAGAAGAGACAGUCACCAGGCUCUUGAAGCAGGCCAAAACAUGUUCCAGUCCUCCUGAGUAUUUACAGUCCCUGCCAGAUGUCACUCCAGAGCACAUUUCUGCAUCUCAGCCUGUGAAGGACUAUGCAACUUCUUUGGGAUCUCUCCUGAAUCAGGGGGAAUCCUUGGAAUCCCUUGAGCAAUACAAGAAGUCUGUGAUGAAACUCUUGGGUGUUCCCAAACUGUCACAAUCGUAGCGUUGCUGCUGUCCUAGGGUUAACCCCGAGAGAUGCCAGGAAGAACAUACGUGGAGAUUGCCGAAUUGCACGAAUUGCUAAAUGUCGCCUGAGGUCGCCACAAGCACCAUUGCAAGGAAUGAAAACGCUCAAAACUCUGGUG